AUGUCUCAGGAAGAGAGUGCACUGUCGCGAAAAGACAAGAAGGCCCUCCGCGAUGCCGAGCGAGCGCAGCAAAAGGGCAAGAAGCGAAAGCACAGGGAAGUCGCUGAACCCGAUGCGCUUCCUCAGCAAGACGACGACACGAACAAUGAUGCGCCUGAGCAAGCCGUAGAGCCCACCGAGUCGAAACCUUCGAAAAAGCGCAAAGCCGGCGAGCUCUUCUCUGACACGACCGCGGACCCCACGCUAGCAUCCGCGUCUGCGAACGACACCGCCGAACCUGCAACAGCAUCAUCCACACAACCUCCCAAAAAGAAACGGCAAAAGACGAAGAAGUCCACACCAGCCACUACAUCCGAUGGCACCGCAGCACCUCCCAAAAAGUCCCGCUUCAUUGUCUUCGUCGGCAAUCUCCCCUACAAAACCACCGACUCCAGUCUCGAAAAGCACUUCGCCAAACUCCAACCCUUCACCCUCCGCCACCGCACCGAUCCCAAAACGAAAAAAUCCAAAGGCUUUGCAUUCCUAGAAUUCGAAAAUUAUGAUCGAAUGAAAACAUGUCUCAAAGUCUUCCAUCACAGUCUCUUUGACCCGGAAGCGAUAGAUCGCGGGGAAGUGGUGCCUGACCCUACUGCGCCGGGGAAAGAAGAUGAGAGUGGGAUGCAUCCUGAUCGGAGAAAUGGUGGGGCUGGAAAGGGUAAAGGGAAGAAGGAUACGGCGAGGAGGAUUAAUGUGGAAUUGACGGCUGGUGGGGGUGGAGGGAAAAGUGGGGAGAGGAAAGAGAGGAUUCGAGAGAAGAAUGUUAGGUUAAAUGAGCAAAGAGAGCGGAGGGCGGAGUUGGAGAAGAAGGAGAAGGCGAAGAAGGAGAGACAGGAGGGUGGGAAAGACCGGGGAGGGAAGGAGCGAAAGGAAAAGAAGGUGGAGUCCAGCGGUGAUGCUACUGCUGCUGCUGGCGUAGCUGACGGCGACAUACACCCUGCAAGGUUGGCCAUGAUGGGACGAUGA